GUGGUUGCACUGCAGCAAGCAAGCCAAACAGCUAUCGACAACUUGCCUUGCUUGCAUCACUGCGCUGGGGUGGAUCGGAUCGGGAAACCGACCAAUGGUGCUGACCUCCACCAGACGAAAAUAAACGGGAGAACCGGGAAACCUUCCAAUCAGAGACGGUCCCAAGCCAAGCCGUCAGUCCAAGGUACGUAG